AUGCAACCAGAUCAGGUAGAAAUCUGGGCCCAGAAAAUUUUGGACGAUUAUGCUCUUCAAGGCAAAGAAUCAGGACAAUCAAGCAAGCGAAAUUACGACAGCGUCGACCUUUCAGGCCCUCUCAUGAGUCCGAUGCCGAGCCCGAGCCCCAAGCGCCGCGCUACCAAACCUCCGGAUCUCGAAUCAACACCUCAAUCACUCGACGAUGUCAAACACCACGAGUUCCUGCGCCGAAGACUUUCUUAUCGACCAUCACCGAGUCGCGAAUCUUCCCCAUCGCCUUCAAAGCGACAACGUGCAUCUACAUCGAAAAGAUAUAUGACAACAGCUAGUCUAAAGCAGUUGGAUCCGCCGAUUUAUGUGGUUAAUCCUCUAGAUCUGGAAUCCGAAUUGCCUGCCGAUAUCCAGCCUUUGUACAAUGAGCUUUACAUGGCUAUCAAGCAGCAGGGAAUACUGCCACGGAACCUCGAACGCAUUAUGGAUGCAGAGGACCGCAGACGCGCCAAGGUCCUAUCAUUCAUGUGGCAAGGGAGUGGCGACCAGGAGCAAGAUGAAUGGUUUAGGCAGCAGCACCGAAACGUCCUAGAAAUUCUUGCCGAAGCUGCUGAAGCAAGUACUAUGACGAAGGGAGAGUCAGCAUGGAAUGCACAAGUUCACUAUCCAAUCCUCAAGCUAGCUCUCUCUUCCAUCCCUUCGACAAGGGCAGAGACUAUUGCCAAUGCGCAGAUCAUCAAGACUUUUCGACCGAAGUCUCAAGGACAAGGCUGGUCGUCUGCGUCAUCUAGUGCGACAUCGAGCAACGCAAGUAUUCUCAGCGAUGAUACUGGAACAUAUACGGAACCUGAGUCAUCGUCGGUUCAUAACUUGGUCGACUUUGCUCUCGUUCUAAUGCCCAACAAUGCGUUAGAGGAUAAGAUCACCAGGUUUUUUGCGAAUCAGGAAUAUCCCACUGUUAAUCAGACUCUAUAUGAUGCUCUAUCUCGACGGCCUGCACCCGUUUUCAUCGAGACAAAGACAUCUGCUGGUGUGAUAAACAGAAGCCACGUUCAGCUAGGGAUAUGGACUGCAGCAUGGUAUCAGCGUCUCCGAGCUGUGAAAUCGACAAAAGAUCCUAUCGCUAUCCCUGUCAUCCAAGUUCAUGGCGAUGUUUGGACUGUAAUGUUCGCCAAGGAUGAUAAGAACAAGAUUUCACUUUUGGAUCAGUCAAUAAGGAUCGGGGAUACAGCUACGUUGCUUUACUUGAGGGCAAUGUUUAUUGAGUGGAAUGUUGACUGUGUUAUUGAUUGUAGUAUUCAGUCUGAGGCUGCACGAAAACCAAGAUGGGGUUUGCCACAAUUUGGUCAGCUGGUUUCAGCACCCAGAGGUCAUGGAAGUUUAUCUCAGAAGGCGCAGCUGUUCUCCAUUAAUCCCAGUUCAUUACUUCGUGUUUUUGCUCGGCAUGUUGCCCUCGUACAAGCUAAUGAUGAACCUUCAUUACCCAUGACCGUCAAUGGAAAGGCCCUACGACAACACUACGACAUGUCAUGCGUCGAAAACGAGUUGCGCCAGACGAGCGCACCGCCGCUCAGAGCAGCUGGGAGCUUUUUGGCAAAGGCUGAUAGGGAGCCACACGGACUCUAG